AUGAAGUCUUGUGCGCUUAUUGCCACAUCUCUGAACCUCCUCCUCACCCUGGCCGCUGCGCGACCCCAGGGAUCCAGUGCAAGAGACGAGAGUUCAUCCCGCGUUGCCCCCACGACCACCGCCCAUGCCUCCUCCGUGCGUGGAAGCUCGAGCAUCCCCACCUCGGUGGUUGUAUCCGCCUCGAGUGAGAGGCGCUCCUCUGCUUCGUUUUCCGGUGCUAGCAGCAGGCUAUCCUCCAGCGUGAGGUCUUCCGUUCCAGUUCCCUCGUCAAGCAGCAGAUCUUCCGUUCCAAUUCCCUCGUCAAGCGGCAGAUCUUCCGUUUCGGUUCCCUCGUCAAGCGGCAGGUCUUCCGUUUCGGUUCCCUCGUCAAGCAGCAGAUCUUCCGUUUCGGUUCCCUCAUCAAGCGGCAGAUCUUCCGUUCCAGGUCUCUCAUCAAGCGGCAGAUCUUCCGUUCGAGUUCCCUCAUCAAGCGGCAGGUCUUCCGCUCCGGUUCCCGAGUCGAGGCUCCGGUUAUCCGUUGGUUCGAGCCUCGCAUCAAGCGCCAGAUCGUUCUCUUCCUCGUCCCGCACCAGGUCACCGUCGCCUUCUGGUUCCGCUCGUCCUGGUAGCGGCAGUUUUACACCGUCUGGCUCUACUCGGUCUUCUGAUUCUGCCCGCCUCAGUUCCGGAUCCGCGCGUGUCAGCAGCCGCAGCUUCACACCAUCGGGCUCUGCCCGUCUCAGCAGCGGUAGCAAUGGCGCUCCUUCUAAAUCUACCCGCUCCAGCCGCGGUGGCAGCGUCGUCACCCCUUCUGGCUCCGCUCGUCCCAGUCCUGGAUCUUCCCGUUCCAGCCGCGGUGGCAGCAUCGCUACCCCUUCUCGCUCCGCUCGUCCUAGUUCUGGAUCUGCGCGCGGUAGCGUUCUGACCCCAUUGACACCAUCUGGCUCUGCCCGCCCUAGCCGCAACACUAUUGUCAAUCUGAGCUCGGCCCGCUCCUUGUGGGUCACUCCAGGCGGAGACUCGGGAUCAAGCCUGACAACCCUUGUUCUCACCUCCACUCGGCGCAUUACCAUCACCAGCUGUCCACCUACAGUCACUUUGUGCCCGACCGGCCGCUCUACUAGCUACAUCACCACUACGACUUCUCUCUACACGACCGUCUGUCCUGUUUCAGAAGCCCCUAAGAUAUCAUCCUCCUUCUAUCAGAGCUCGCUGGCCACACCUAUUCCGGCUACACCUAUUCCGGCUACAUCUAUUCCGGCUACACCUAUCCCGGCUACACCCAUUCCUUCGUCUAGAUCAGCUCCUUCUACUCCAAACAUAGGAACCAGCCUGACUACUCUUUUCGUUACCGCCACCUCGCGCAUCACUAUCACUAGUUGUCCGCCUACAGUCACUGUUUGCUCGAUCGGUAGUUUGACUACUACGACCUAUGUUUACACGACCGUAUGUCCGGUUUCAGAGGCCUCUAAGCUCAUUUCUUCCAUCAAGAGCACUCCGCCACCACCGCCGGCUACACCUAGUCCGUCUUUGGCUACACCCAGCCCGUCUUUUUCUACACCUACUCCUUCGUCCAGACCGAUUCCUUCGUCCAUCCUCACUCCGUCAUCGGGACCUGCUCCUUCGUCUAGACCUAUCCCUUCGUCCAUCCUCACUCCGUCAUCGGGACCUGCUCCUUCGUCUAGACCUAUCCCUUCGUCUAUCCUCACUCCGUCAUCGGGGCCUGCUCCUUCGUCCAGACCGAUUCCUUCGUCCAUACUCACUCCGUCAUCGGGACCUGCUCCUUCGAUUCCGGGAACAAGCUACACAACCCUCUUUGUCACCGCAACUUCGCGCGUUACCGUCACUAGCUGUCCACCCACAGUCACUCUCUGUCCGACCGGUAGCGUAAGUACCACGACUUACGUCUAUACGACCGUCUGUCCUGUGUCAGAGGUUUCUAAGAUCACCGCCUCCUUCAACUCGACCGCUCCACCGUUACCGCCGACUACACCUAUCCCGGUCACACCAAUUCCAGUCACUCCUGUUCCGGUUACUCCUGUUCCGGGUACUCCCUCAUCUAAACCCAUACCGGUGCCACCAGCGUCGAACACUACUAUCAAGACUAGGAUUUCCAGAGUUUCUAGUGAGACCACCAUUACCAACACUCGCCCUGCUUCUGUGUCACCGUCUGGCGGUAGCGGUACUCCUCCACCCCUCCAACCCAUCCCUCUUGUCACAUGCCCCGGUGGCCCUGGCAGCUGUCAAGAAACUCCUCCAGGAAGACAAAUGCCCCAAGUCAGUCCUUCUGCAGGUAGUUCUCCCGCUGGCCAACCUCCGAAAGGCAGCCCUCCCGCAGGGAAGCCUCCCGCACAGAGUCCUCCCGCACAGAGCCCUCCUGCUGGUAAGCCUCCCGUAGAAAGUCCACCUGCUGGCAAGCCACCCGCACAGAGUCCACCUGCUGGCAAGCCUCCUGCAGGAAGUCCUCCUGCUGGCAAGCCACCCGCACAGAGUCCUCCUGCCGGCAAGCCUCCCGCACAGAGUCCACCUACUGGUAAACCUCCGGCAGAGAGCCCUCCCGCUGGCAAGCCCCAACCCGGCUGUAUCUCUGGAGAUUGCGGUCCAAAGGGCAGUCCUCCUGCAGGCAAGCCUCCUGCAGAGAGUCCUCCUGUUGGAAAGCCUCCUGCAGAGAGUCCUCCUGUUGGAAAGCCUCCUGCAGAAAGUCCUCCUGUUGGAAAGCCUCCGGCAGAGAGUCCUCCCGCUGGUAAGCCUCCGGCAGAGAGCCCUCCCGCUGGCAAGCCCCAACCCGGCUGUAUCUACGGAGAUUGCGGUCCAAAGGGCAGUCCUCCUGCAGGCAAGCCUCCUGCAGAGAGUCCUCCUGUUGGAAAGCCUCCUGCAGAAAGUCCUCCUGUUGGAAAGCCUCCGGCAGAGAGUCCUCCCGCUGGUAAGCCUCCGGCAGAGAGCCCUCCCGCUGGCAAGCCCCAACCCGGCUGUAUCUACGGAGAUUGCGGUCCAAAGGGCAGUCCUCCUGCAGGCAAGCCUCCUGCAGAAAGUUCUCCUGCUGGCAAGCCUCCUGGUGGAAAGCCUCCCGCCGAGAGUCCUCCCGCCGGUAAGCCUCCGGCAGAGAGUCCUCCCGCCGGUAAGCCUCCGGCAGAGAGUCCUCCAGUUGGUAAGCCCCCGGCCGAGAGUCCUCCCGCUGGUAAGCCUCCCGCCGAAAGCCCUCCUGUAGGCAAGCCUCCUGCGGAAAGUCCUCCCGCUGGCAAGCCUCCAGCCGGUUGUACUUCUGGAGGCUGUGGUCCAAAGGGUGGUCCUCCUGCAGAAAGUCCUUCCGCUGGUAAGCCUCCGGCAGAGAGCCCUCCCGUCGGUAAGCCUUCUGCUGGUAAGCCUCCCGCCGAAAGCCCUUCUGCCAGCAAGCCCCCUGGUGGAAAGCCUCCCGCAGAAAGUCCUCCCGCUGGUAAGCCUCCGGCAGAGAGUCCUCCUGCUGGUAAGCCUCCUGGUGGCGGACCCCCCGUUGAAAGUCCUCCUGUAGGCAAGCCUCCUGCGGAAAGCCCUCCCGUUGGCAAGCCUCCUGCGGAAAGCCCUCCCGCUGGCAAGCCCCCCGCCGGUUGUACUUCUGGAGAAUGUGGUGCUCAGGGCAAGCCUCCCUCAGGAAAGCCUCCUUCAGAGUAUCCUCCGUCAGGCAUUCCUCCCGCAAGCAGUCCUCCUGCAGAAAGUCCCCCCAAGGGUAACCCUCCGAAGGGCAGUGUCCCUGCGGGCAACCCUUCCGUAAGCACUUCGGAAUGUCCUCCCGGUGUUACUCCCAGCGGUGCUCCGGGUGGUGCUCCAGGUGGCGGAGAGGCUCCCAAGGGCGGUUUCCCUAGCGGUGCUCCCGGCGGUGCUCCAGGUGGCGGAGAAGCUCCCAAGGGUGGCGUCCCUGGUGGUGCUCCGGGUGGCGCUCCAGGCGGAGAAGCUCCUAAGGGUGGCGUCCCUGGCGGUGCCCCCGGUGGUGCUCCAGGUGGCGGAGAAGCCCCCAAGGGUGCUCCAGGUGGCGGAGAAGCCCCCAAGGGUGGCGUCCCUGGUGGUGCUCCGGGUGGCGCUCCAGGCGGAGAAGCUCCUAAGGGUGGCGUCCCUGGCGGUGCUCCAGGUGGCGGAGAGGCUCCCAAGGGCGGUUUCCCUAGCGGUGCUCCCGGCGGUGCCCCCGGUGGUGCUCCAGGUGGCGGAGAAGCUCCCAAGGGUGGCGUCCCUGGCGGUGCCCCCGGUGGUGCCCCGGGUGGCGGAGAAGCUCCCAAGGGUGGUGUCCCUGGCGGUGCGCCGGGUGGCGCUCCCGCGGGCUGCACUUCCGGAAAGUGUGCUCCUGGUGAAUACCCUUCAGGUAGUGCUCCAAGUGCCCCAAGUGGCUCAGCUGGUGCCCCAGGUGGUUCGGCCGGUGGAGAAUCUCCUAAAGGCAGCCACCCUGAAGGUGCUCCGGGCGGAUCGGGCAGCGUUGAAGGUGGAGAGUCUCCCAAGGGCGGUGCGCCGGGCGGCGCCCCAGGUGCUUCGCCUAGCGAACAGUAUCCUAAAGGAAAUGCUCCCAGUGGUGCUCCCAGUGGCUCGCCCGGACAAGCAUCUCCCAAAGCAGGUGCUCCAGGAGGUGGUUCCGCAGAAGGUGCUACCGGUGGUGCUCCGAGUGGUGCCCCCAUUUCAGAAUCCCCCAAGGGCGGCGCUCCCAGUGGUGUUGCUGGCGGUGCUCCAGGCAAAGAAGGCCCAACCGGUACUCAUGGAGGUGCCUCUGGUGUCGGCGGCGCUCCAGCAGAAACUUCCCCCGCUGGCUCUGCUCCUGCUGGCCACGCUCCUGCUGGCUCGCCCGCUGAAUCCGCACCAGGAAAAUCUGCUCCUGCUGGCUAUGCUCCUGCUGGCUCGCCCACUGGAGCUGCACCCGAGAAAUCUGCGCCGGCUGGCUCUGCUGCUGCCGGUGUACCCGCUGGAGCUGCACCAGGAAAAUCUGCGCCGGCUGGCUCUGCUCCUGCUGGCUCGCCCACUGGAGCUGCACCCGAGAAAUCUGCGCCGGCUGGCUCUGCUGCUGCCGGUGUACCCGCAGAAUCCGCACCAGGAAAAUCUGCUCCUGCUGGCUAUGCUCCUGCUGGCUCGCCCACUGGAGCUGCACCCGAGAAAUCUGCGCCGGCUGGCUCUGCUGCUGCCGGUGUACCCGCUGAAUCCGCACCAGGAAAAUCUGCUCCUGCAGGCUAUGCUCCUGCUGGCUCGCCCACUGGAGCUGCACCCGAAAAAUCUGCUCCAGCUGGCUCUGCUGCUGCCGGUGUACCCGCUGGAGCUGCACCCGGAAAAUCUGCCCCUGCUGGCUCCGCCCCGGCUGGCUCUGCCCCGGCUGGCUCUGCCCCGGCUGGCUCGCCCACUGGAUCCGCACCUGGAGAAUCUGCGCCGGCUGGCUCUGCUGCUGCUGGUGUACCUGCUGGAGCUGCACCUGGAAAAUCUGCGCCGGCUGGCUCCGCUCCAGCAGGUUCUUCCCCGGCUGGUGUUGCUCCCGCUGGCUCUGCUCCCGCUGGCUCUGCUCCCGCUGGCUCUGCUCCCGCUGGCUCUGCUCCCGCUGGAUCUGCUCCCGCUGGCUCUGCACCCGAAGGAUCUGCUCCCGCCGGCUCUGCCCCUGCUGGCUCUGCCCCUGCUGGCUCUGCACCCGGAGGAUCUGCUCCCGCUGGUUCUGCUCCCGGAGAAUCUGCUCCCGCUGGCUCUGCAGCUGCCGGUGUACCCGCUGGAUCUGCUCCCGCUGGAUCCGCUCCAGCAGGUUCUGUCCCAGCAGGGUCUGCUCCCGCCGGGUCUGCGCCUGCUGGGUCCGCUCCUGGUGGCACUGGCAGUGCUGCAGGUGCACCAAUCAGCACACCGGGGGCACCAGGGUCGACGCCUGUCCCAUACCGUGGUGCUGCAGGCAAGGCGUCUGUCAAUGGUGGAAGCUUUACUGCCCUCCUCGUCGCUUGGGCUUUCCUCAUUCUCUGA